UGAGUAUUCGUUCGUGGGGUAUUUUUGGUGUAGCUCUGAUAGCACCCAGUGGUCACGUGCACCCCAGCCGCAGAGUGUUAUCAACAUAAAAUUAACAGGCAAGCCCCAUGUCAAACAAAGUCAAAAAUGCUUGCCCGGCUGGAGCUGAAAGCGACGGUAGCGAUGUUGAAUGGGAUCUCGGGUUCCCGUCGUCGAAAAAGACAGUGGACACAGCGGGCACAAGUGCAGGGGUUCCAGUGGAAGAAGACAGUGUGGCUAAGUUAAAAAGAGCUAUUGACACUGGAAACGUCCAUCUCGUUCAAGAGCUGUUGGACAAUGGUCUGGAUGUGGAGACGAGACUUGGCUUUGAGUGGACACCUCUCAUGUGUGCUGUUCAUGUUGCUCAUUGUGAGCUGGCUGUGCUGCUCCUGAACAGAGGGGCCAGCGCCAACUUCAGCAGAGACCAAUACACUGUUCUAAUGGCUGCAGUCACGGCAUCCGCCAGCGAGGACAAGAUUGUGAAGUGCGUGGAGCUACUUCUGUCAAGAAAUGCUAACGCAAACACAUUUAACAAGACUGACAUGACCUGCCUGAUGCUGGCGGCAAGAGAGGGCUACAGUCAGGUCAUCAACCUGCUGGUGUCCCACGGGGCUGAGGUGAACGCCCAGGACGGGCAUGGCUACACGGCUCUGAUGAUGGCGGUGCAGUACGGCAAGGAACAGGCCGUCCUGAAGCUGCUUCAGCUGGGAGCGGACAGGAGCAUCAAGAACCGCACAGAGAAGACUGCAGCCGACCUGGCCACGGUGUUCAAACAAUCUCAGAUCACCAGGAUCCUGGCCAGCCCAGACAACACUCACUCAAACGUGGGGACUUCCAAAGAUGAGAGCCUUUUUAAGUUCUUCAGGCGGAAUCCUGACCCUUCAACUUCCAAGGAGAGUCUGGCCAAGCUGUGCGACAUCGAGCUGCUUCUCCAUGGCCUGGACCUGGAAUACCUGUCUGACAUCAUGAUGGAGAACAACAUCACCUGGAGCUACCUGUUGACCAUGGAGAAAGAUGACCUGGAGAAGAUAGGUGUCACAGACCCAGGUGACCAGAAGAAGGUCCUGUGUGCUGUACAGGAGAUGCAUCAAGAUAGCGUGGACAUGGAUAUGCUCAACCAACUGGAGAACAUAGACAGUGGGAGUGAAGAGUUGUAUAACUUCCUGAUCAGCCUGAGGCAGCAGUGCUGCUACCUGACUGAGACGGUGCAGGACGUCAACACCCGCUUCCCUCGACAAGCCUCUCAGCUUGUCCUCUCUCUGGACCCUCAGAAGGAGGCCCAGGCUCUCUGUAAAGAUCUGGUGGCUCAGACGGGAGACCUGCAGAAGGAGGUUGCAUGCCUCCACAGCCUUCUCUGCAAGAUGGACGAAGUCGGAGAUUUCUGUGCUUUUCCUCAGCCUGGUUCCCACGGCCAGUGGAGGAGAUGGGCCCUGAAGAGGUUGUCAUUGAGCAUGCUUGGAGCUGGCCUACUAUUUCUCCUUUCAAAAGCCAAGAAUUUGAAGGUUUACUUCUAGAAAUUCUUCUUCUUUUGGUUCAUUAUGUCUUAGGUUAGUAAUAAGUUGUCAUUGGCUGGACAUGUUUGA